AUGCCAGAAGCGACCCUAGCCACCCAUAUGAUCCUCACCAACGAGUAUAAGCUCCUCACCGGUCUCAUUGCAAGCACCCCUCCCACACACCCGCUCAACUCCGUCUACGCCGGACAGCUACGCCGCGUCAAACGGGACCUGACGCGAUGGCGCAAGAUCGAACGGUCCCACAGGCGGGCUCAGGAGAGAGCGCGGGCUAUGAAGCGGAAGCGUGCAAGGCAAGGACUGGUAGAGAUGUGGACGGAGAAGCUGGAGGAGCUGGGGCCCCAGCAGUAUAGCUGGGAUGCAGGCGCAAAGGCGGUCGGGGUAGUGCUGUGGGCGAUGAUCAUGGCGGUGGUCUGGGCGGGCAUCAUACUGGCUCUCAUCAUUGUGUCUCCCGUUAUUAUCCCUCGUCACAUCUACCGCAUACACGAGGCAAGGCAGCUCAAGCGACAAAGCGCAGCGUUCCCCGCUUACUUCCACAUCCAUCACACGUCGCCACCCUCCUCUGUAUACCCCAACACCCCCCGCACCUCAUCACUCGCCGAACAUACUAUCGCGGCGCUCAAGGCUGUCUACGGGGCGAUUAUGAUGAGAGGGUCUAGAAAGAUGCAUGGAGCGGACAUGGCGGAAAUUGAUGGUGAAGAUGUGGACUACAUGAAGCCGGAGGCGGUGUGA